AUGAAGAGUAGUCAGCACCCUUUGCCAUUUCCAGCAGGCCAAGAAAAAGGUGACCAACAAAUUGUUCAGCCCCUGACGCUCACAGCGACCAGGGAAGCAACAUGGAACCAAGUCAGCCCCUCGCCAGGCUUUUGGAAGGGUAACUCAGACCCCUUUCAUGCCACGCCGGUUGCUUUGAAUCCACGCAAUAAUGAGAUCCUACGACUCGCACAGCAGUUUGUCAUUUUCACAGCGUGGCCAGAUACUGCCAAUGCUGUAUUCAGGACGCCCAUCGCUGAUACGCGGAACUCGCACAUCAAGCUUGACUUUGCUGUCCAAGAUGAAGGUUUGCUACAUGCAAUCCUCGCAUCUGGCAAUCGUGUCAGCUCCGGAUUAACUACCAUUCCAAGACUUCCAACAGUAUCACAGGAGUCUGUGCACAAAACCCGGGCUGUUGCUAUUCUGCGCCAUCGUCUUGGUUCUGGAGAAACAUCUCCAGGUGUGAUAGCGUUGAUUCGGCUGUUGAUCUCUUUGGAGUUCGAUAAUGAUGAUCCUUCAACUGCUUUAUUACACUUACGCGGCCUUUUGGCUAUGGCAAUGUCGAAUUUAGCACUACUACAAGAAAUUGAAGGACUUCUCCUUGUGUGUGAUGUAUGGAUCGCGAUGUCGCUGGCGAAGAGGCCUGAGAUCUCACCAACACGAUAUGAUCCAGGAGCCCGUGAUCUUCAUGAUUUCAAUACUACUCUGAUCAACGAUGUCCACUUCAAUGCACCCACGGUCCUUACAUCCGUAAGAACAAUACCUCAGGCAGUCUCACCCUACGGCCUUGAUCAGCCCACGGUCCAUCUCUUCAACUCUGCGCUCGAAAUUGUGCAGACAAAGGCAUUGAUGACCGUAAUUGAAGACCCAUUUCUACAACAGCAAGUGGUCAAAUGGAUGCACAGAAGAGCAACUGCCGUGUCCGGUUAUUUGAUGAUAGGAUAUGUUGAUGCCACCGAGUUGAUGCGCAUCUCGAAUAUCAAGCACCCCAUUGAUGUUCGACAGUCGAUAAUCGCAGCAUCUUGUCUUACUGCGAUUUUGUUUAUGAACCUUGAGUACUGUGAAUCCCCAAGCAAUUACAACUUCAGCAAGCUAUUCCAGAAGAUUGAGCCAAUAUUGGGGAGUGUGGCCGACACUAUGGCUACGACGGGAUCAAUCUCUGACCUCGAGUUAUACUUGUGGUUAUUGUUUAUGUGUGCCCUUGGCAAUGAUGUCUACUCUGCAAGGGGCGAUAUCUCCUAUUCGGGGUGGCCUGCCCAUCUAUUCCACCAAUUUCGAGUACAACUACAUCUCGAUAGCUUGGAGCAUCUGAAGCGACUGUUUCACACAUUCCUCUAUCAUGAUAUUAUCGACGAUUUCCUCGUGGGCCUUCUAUCCCUCGAUACGGAGAAUAUUUCAAGCUCCAUAAUAUCAUGGCCAAGAUGGUGCACCAUCUUGCAUCACUAUGUCCCUGAUCGCUAG